AUGGGUGGUGCUGGAUCAAGAAAUAAAACAGAACCACGUGGAGAAGGUGUCAAAUUGGCAUUUGAUCCCGAUGAAAAAUGGUCAAACUUAUAUCGUGAAAGAGAGAAAAAUCAUUUAUAUAAAUGGGUUGGUGUUCGAAAAGGUAAAUUAUUUUAUUUUUCGAAACUUUUCUUCCCGCAACAAUGAAUUUCAGGUGGAGAACUCAUAAAUAUAUAUGAAAGAGACGGUGAAGAUGGAGUUUUGAAGUUUGCCGAAGAAAAACUCAGCUCAAUGUUAUACAAUGAUGGAAGAGAACCAAAAUUGAUAACAUAUUCAGAUUUUGUGAAAUGGAAAAAAGGAGUUGUAAGUUUUUAGCUUGAAAUAUUUUUCGGUGGAAUUCAGAAAAUAUUUUUUAGAAUCUUCAACUUGGCUUGAAUGAAGAAGGAAUUGAUAUGCAGGAAACAAAAUUCAAAGAACAUUUUGCACUUUGGAAAUUGAACAAAAGAGGAGUUGAGGGUGAAAACUUGAUACAUUUGUUACUUAAUCGGUAAAUUUCAAAAUAAAAUUGUAUCUUAAAUUUUAAAGAUAAUAAAAAAAUAUUUUUAGGGAGCAACAAGUGUGCUAUGAGAUUGCAAGAAUUUUGUUGAAGAGAUUUCCCGGGUUGGCAAAUGAUAUUUAUUUGGGAGAUGAACAAUUUGGUAGGUUUUUGAGAAAAAAAUUUCAGAAUUCAAAAAAAAAACAAAAAAAAGUAUAAUUUUUUUAGGUCAAAGUGGUCUCCAUCUCGCAAUUGUCCACGACGACUACGAAACUGUAUCUCUUCUCCUCAACAAUGAUGCAGAUGUGAAUGCUCGAGCAUGUGGAAACUUUUUUCUCCCCGAAGAUUUCAAACUCUCCAAUAAAAUUACUGAUUAUCAAGGUGAAUACCAUUUUUUUUAAAGAAUUUUCAAAUCCACAUUUUUCAAUUUCAGGUUAUGCAUAUUAUGGUGAAUAUCCACUUGCGUUUGCCGCUUGUUUUGGCAACAAAGAUAUUUAUGAUUUGCUGAUUCAAUUCGGCGCAAAUCCAAAUCUUCAAGACUCUUUUGGAAACACCAUUCUCCACAUGUGUGUUAUUAAUUACAGUAGUGUAAGUCACCCUAUGAGAAAUUCCCAAAAACGAAUUAAUUUUCCAGUCAAUGUAUUCAUACGCAGUCCGUCAUUGGGCAAAACCAGCAGAUCCACAUGUUGUAAAUCAUGCCGGAUUUACUCCGUUGACUUUGGCAACAAAAUUGGGUCGAAAACAUAUUUUUGAGGAAAUGUUGGAGAUUAUGAAAGUGGAGUUUUGGCGGUUUUCUGAUAUGACGUGUUCAGCAUAUCCGUUGAAUACACUUGAUACAAUUCAACCAGAUGGAUCAACAAGUAAGAUUUUAGAAAAAAUUGGGUUUGACCUUCUCCAAAUUCCAACCUUCUUCAGAUUAUGAUUCUGCAUUGAUGACUGUAAUUAAUGGAUCAACACCAGAACAUUUGGAUAUGAUUGGAAGUGAAGUGAUUCAACGUUUAUUGGCUGAUAAAUGGAAAGCUUUUGCUCAACGAAAAUUGAUUGAACGUUUGGUUUUAUUGAUUUUUCAAUUGGUCACACUUUCGAUUGUUGUUUAUAUUCGACCAACUGAAUUGCCAAGACUUUAUAUGGAUGAUCCACAAUGGGAUGAUUGGGUUAGUUUGGUUAAAGGCGGUCAGACAGCUAUUCCGGUUGACGGAGACCACCCACGAAGCCUCUGACUUUAACCGGGCUAAAUUUGAACCAAACAAAAGAUAGAGAUGAAAUAUUGUGAAAAUAUGAAACUUCAAAUCUUCCUGUGCAAAAGUGCGUCGCGGUGUUUGCACACACACAAAUCCGCUGGACGUGGGGGCAAUUUGAAAUUUUGAAAACACAAGAUUUUCUCAGCUCGUAUUAACUUUCAUGAUUUCGGAAUUUUUUCACUGGUUCGUUUCAUAAUAAACUAUUUUUGACACUAAGCUUUGAGGAAAACCGGAAUAAUUGUCUAACUGCCUUUAAGGGAUUUGGGGGAAGAGUGGAACUUGAGAAUUUGAAGCUUGUGAAAAAUUCUGGAACAAUCCAUAGCUAAUUUGACUGAAAUUGGAAAGUUCAAAUUUCAGGGAUAGUUUGAAUAAAUUAAGAAACCAAUUGAUUUUUUGCCACGUCAUAACUUAUUUCCAGAUUUGAGAGUAGUAGAAUUUCAGUGCUUUGAAUAUCUUCUAUAUGCUAAAAUACAGUAACCUUGUUCCAGAUUCGUACUGUUUGUGAAAUUCUUACAAUUCUCAAUUGCCUUUUCUUUGUCGGAUAUCAACAAGUUGGAGAAAUUCGGACACAGGGAAUACGUGGAUAUUUGAGAAAUCUGGUACUUUUCCCCUCCACAAAAAUCUCCUCACCUCAAUCUCAAAUUUCAGCGCACUGCUCCCGCAAAAGCCGUUUUCUGUGUUGCCAAUCUGUUCCUUCUACUUUGUAUACCAUUUCGAUUUUUGAGAAAACAUGAAGUCGAAGAAGCUCUGUUCGUUUUUGCUCUUCCCGGUUCCUGGAUAUUUUUGUUGUUUUUCGCGCGAAGUGCAAAAUUGACUGGUCCUUUUGUGCAAAUGAUUUAUAGUAUGAUUGCUGGUGAUAUGAUUCGAUUUGCGAUUAUUUCGGCGAUUUUUUUGGUUUCUUUUUCGCAAGGUUGGUAUGGAUUAAGGAGUUGAAGUGAGAGAAUAAGAGACUGGGCUUCUGUCUUAUAGCCCAGAAGAAAAAUAUUGAAAAAAAACACCUGUGACCACUCACUGAGCUCAAAAAUUGAAAUACAGAGCAAUAAUUCAGGCUUUGCACGCUGACAGAUGUUUCUGGAACUUUUUGUUGAUCUCGGGAUCUUGAUCAGAACUGUUUAUCAAAGUUUUUUGAAAAACAUUUCCCGCAAACACACUUUUUCAGUUAAGCUUUCAAUAUUCUGAGGAGAAAUAUAGAGCUAUCUAUAGACACAGCUGAAAUAGUGCUACAGUACUCUACUUCAUCAUUAAUCGGAGGCAAUUUUUAGCCAGAACGCUCAAAAUUUCAGUUAGAUCUUACUAGAUAUCCAGAAACCCAACCAAAAUUUUGAUUUUCAAUUUCGAAUUUUUCAGUAUUUUAUUUUGUUGGCAAAGACAUGGAUGCCAAACAAAAAUUGGAAGAUACAAAUGAGCAUGCUUGUAAAAUAUCCGGAUACACAAUCUACACUUACAACACAUUCCCUGAAACAUUUAUCACGUUAUUCCGAGCAUCAAUGGGUGGUUAUGAUGUGAGUUUUUUUUUGUUUUUCAGUUUUUGACUUCACUACAAAUCUGUAACUGAAUUCGAGUUAUUUUUAGUACGAAGAAUUUUCGUGUGCAAAUUAUGAGGCUUUGACAAAAACACUUUUCGUAUUAUACAUGUUUGUAAUGCCAAUUAUGAUGAUUAACAUCUUAAUUGCUAUGAUGGGAAAUACUUAUACAACAGUUAUUGCACAAGCUGAAAAAGCAUGGAGACAACAAUACGCACAAAUUGUAAUGGUUUUGGAAAGAUCAGUUGGAAAAGAGAGACUUGCAGCAAGUCAAUUGGAAUAUAGUAUUAGAUUGGAUCAAGAAGGUUCAUCUGGAAUGGAAGUUCGUGGUUUGAUGGUUAUUAAACAAACCAAGAAAACUCGAGCGAGACAAAGGAAACAAGCGAUUUAUAAUUGGAAAAAUAUUGGGCGGAAGGUUAUUCAUACAAUUGAUAAAGUCGGAACUGAACAAGCUGUUUUGCUUUUACAUGGACAUGAUCGAUUGGAUCGAGUUUAUGAGGAUCAUGCGCAGGAAAAAAUUCCGAGUAGAUCACGGUAAGAUAAUACGAAUAAGCAGAAUAUAUAUUUAUUGAUGUGACAUCCUUGAUUUCAUUCAAGAUACUUUUCGGCGAAAAAGCGAAUAAAAUGUGAUUUGAAAUUAAACUUGUAGGGAAGAUUUUGGAAAAAAAGAAUUUUUGAGGAUUUUUUGUUUAAAAAUAUUUUUUUAUUAAAAAGGUAGAAAUUAUAAUUAAAAAAUCCUUUAAAAAGUUUUUGGGGUACCAAAAAAAUUUUUUAAUUUUAAAUAAUCCAGAAACCAAUCUGCUUUUGUAUAAAAGACCCCCCGACCUGAAAAAUUCAAAUUCAAACCAUGCGCGCACACAGGGCGAUCCGUAAGCGGAGUCUCGUUGUUUUAUUUUAUUUUUCAAAAAAUGCAAAUUUAGUGCAAAGUUUUGAAAAAAAUGUUACCAGAUAAGAGAAAUAAAUAAAAAUUGUUUCAAAUUUGAAAUUUUGCAGGACUCCAACUCGAAUCGGUACAACAAUGCAUUCUUCAACCAAACGGGUCAAAACAACGGUUACAAACGAGGUUUGAAAUAAAUAAAUAACUAGUUAUCCUAACUAUUCUCACAUCAAAUAUUUUUCUUAUGUUUUUUUUCUCUGACCCUUUUCCCUCUCCAAACCUCUAGCCGUUCCUUUUUUCUCUAGCACGCUUACUUUUCCACACACAAACCCCUCUGCUGCUGUGUUGUGUCAAUGAAAAAUUGACUGCAGACAGCCAGUGGCCGGAUGGUCUAGAGGUAUGAUUCUCGCUUCGGGUGCGAGAGGUCCCGGGUUCGAUUCCCGGUUCGGCCCAAAUAUUUUUCAUUUUUUUUUUUUUUGAAUUUUUGUAGGUCAAAACUGAUGAGACUGUCAACAAUAUGCUUUUGUCAGCACCGCCAAGUCUUCAAGGCGAAGGGAGCACUAUAGAUUGGCAACCAAGUAUUACACCAGUGGAAGAGAGAGGUGAAUCGAAAUCAGCGACAAUUGUGACAAGAUCGGAUGUGAAUUCUCCACCACGGGAAUCGGUGAAUAUCGCCGAGUUUGUAAGUCACACUUUAAUGUUUUCUGAAAUUCAAUCUUCAAAAAAAAAAACAAUAUUUUUUAGCAUCGAACAGUUCGUGUUCGCGGAGUCGAUGCGAUUCCAUCAAUCGAAGUUCCAAAUAUGCCAAGUAUGUCAACUUCAACUCCACCACAUCGUGCACUUUCUCCUCGUUUCCGACAUGAUAUGUUCAGAAGAAAAGAUAGUCCACAAACCGAUAAACAAGAAUAA